AUGGCGUUUUUGCUGGCGCGCGCUUUUGGGGCUCCUGCGCCCCCGACGGUGGACACCGCCGCCUUUGGCUCGCCGCAGACGCUGUCAACUGCCGGGUUCGAAACCGAGAAUGUUUGGCGCGGGCGGGCUGUGUCGACGGACUCGGCGACGGAGACGCACGGAGUUCGCUCUGAGGACGGCAGCACCUGCCAGGGCCGGCUCCUGGCCCUGAGCUCGGAGGACAUGCGUCGCUGCGGCAGCAAGGACUCCGUCGACCUGCGCAAGAGCAGCGCCCGGGCGGAGGCUCUCCGGAGGGCGGAGAUGCUGGCGCGUUUCGACCACAGCUACGAUGGCCGCAGGCGCUGA